CCACCUUCUUCUAAAACGAACCUCUUACUCUCAAUCUCUCUGUGGUUAUUGCUCUGCCGGAUUUAAUGGCUGAGACCGUAGAAAACGCUACCGUCAAAGUCGAGAGCAAGCCGGUGGCCGAACAGCCGAAGCGAUGGGCUGAUGAAGCAGAUGAGGAGACGCCGGAGGAACCGAGCGCGUCUUCCACUUCUGAAGAUAAAGGCGCGGAAGAGCUCGGCGUCGAGAACUUGGCGAUUGAUGAGGAGAAGAAGAAGAUCAACAAAUUCCUCGAUGAACCUGAAGAUUCUAACAUUAAAGCCGUUACUACUGGUGAUACUCCUUAUACAUCUGCGAGUAGGUUUGAAGAUUUAAAUUUGUCUGAAGAGUUGCUAAAGGGCUUAUAUGUUGAGAUGAAGUUUCACAAGCCUAGUAAGAUUCAAGCUAUCAGCCUUCCUAUGAUCUUGACCCCACCAUACAAGGAUUUGAUUGCUCAGGCACAUAAUGGUUCUGGUAAAACAACUUGUUUUGUACUUGGGAUGUUAAGUCGUGUUGAUCCGAAUGUCAAGGCUCCUCAGGCUAUCUGCAUUUGUCCUACAAGAGAGUUGGCAAUCCAGAAUUUAGAAGUUCUUCGGAAAAUGGGGAAGCACACUGGGAUAACUUCUGAAGGUGCUAUUCCAAUGGAUAGCACAAAUUCCAUUCCAAUUUCAAAACGUGCACCAAUUAUGGCCCAGAUAGUUAUUGGUACUCCUGGCACUAUCAAGAAAUGGAUGUCGGCAAAGAAAUUGGGUGUAAGCUCUGUGAAGAUUCUUGUAUUUGAUGAGGCUGAUCACAUGCUAGCUGAGGAUGGCUUUAAAGAUGACUCCUUGAGGAUAAUGAAGGAUAUUGAAAGGAUCAGUUCUCAUUGUCAGGUUCUUCUAUUCUCUGCCACAUUUAACGAGAUCGUUAAGAAUUUUGUGUUGAGGGUAGUGAAGAGAGAUCACAAUCAGCUCUUUGUAAAGAAGGAAGAACUAAAAUUAGAGUCUGUAAAGCAGUUCAAGGUUUAUGUUCCUGAGGAACUUUCCAAGGUUUUGGUGGUUAAAGAGAGAAUUUUGGAAUUGGGAGAGAAUCUGGGGCAGACGAUAAUAUUUGUACGCACAAGGAAUGGUGCAAGCCUGUUGCACAAGUCACUUGUUGAACUUGGUUAUGAGGUUACUACAAUUGUAGGUUCUCUCAGGCAAGAGGAGCGUGACAAAAUAGUCAAAGAGUUUAAAGAUGGGCUAACGCAAGUUCUCAUAUCUACUGAUGUUCUAGCCCGGGGUUUUGACCAGCAACAGGUUAAUUUGGUCAUUAAUUAUGAUCUUCCCAUAAAACAUGACAGACCCUCAGAGCCUGAUUAUGAGGUGUACUUGCAUAGAGUUGGUAGGGCUGGGCGAUUUGGCCGCAAAGGAGCUGUGUUUAACUUGCUGUUCGGCGAUAGGGACCAGAUGGUUAUGGAAAAAAUUGAGACUCAUUUUAGCGUCACAGUAGAAGAGAUCCCGGAUUGGAAGAGUGAGAAGGAUUUCAAAGGUGCUCUUAGGUCAGCUGGUCUGCUGUAAUUGCUGUACUGCACCUUUCGUUUUUGGCAAGGAGAGAAUGUUGUUUACCAGAUUAUCAUCAAUAAUCAAUGGUCAAAGAAAGGCUUGAAAAACCAACCCAGAUUUUGUGAUUUGCAUGUCAUGUUGUUUGUUUCUGGCAUAAUUCUGGGGAAAACUUAAUAGUUUCACUGUUUAUUAAUUUGUUUGGCCCUCCAGAAACCGGAGCCUUGUUUUUGAAUUGCAUAAUUGUUUCUCGUUUGGUUUCAUCAUGGUGCCUGUAUAUUUUGAAUUACGACUUUGAUUGUUCUUUUGGGGCGUGAACAUAAAACACGACCUGCAUCGAGUUGUA